UCUUCUCCCAACACUUAUCAUUUACAUUUUCACAACAAUAAUCCAACCCAAAAAAAAAAACGGAAAAGAAAAAAUGCUAAGAAUCGCAGCGUGCGCUAAGAGACUCGUGGGAACGGCGUCGUUUGAAGCGCCGAUUCCCGCCGUUAGGAUUCUUCCACGUUUCUACCACGAGAGGGUGGUGGAUCAUUACGAUAAUCCCCGGAAUGUUGGAUCCUUCGACAAGAACGACCCGACGGUAGGUACGGGUCUUGUCGGAGCACCCGCGUGUGGUGAUGUCAUGAAGCUCCAAAUUAAGGUUGAUGAGGUCACGGGAAAAAUCAUCGAUGCUCGUUUUAAAACCUUUGGAUGCGGAUCCGCCAUCGCUUCUUCAUCCGUCGCUACUGAAUGGGUUAAGGGAAAGCAAAUGGAAGAGGUUUUGACCAUUAAGAACACUGAGAUUGCAAAGCAUCUUUCCCUCCCACCAGUUAAGCUUCACUGCAGCAUGCUUGCUGAGGAUGCUAUAAAAGCAGCUGUUAAAGAUUAUGAAGCUAAAAAAGCCUCCGCUGCUACUGCCACUGCGUGAUUUCUUCCAUUUCUUGAAUGAUGAUGAAAAAAGCAUUAGUAUGGUCGAUUGCACGUCAUUAAAACAUGUUUAGUCAGACUUUUCUUGGUUGGAAGUACCCUGACAUAUUGUAUUCUCAUGAAGUCAAAUAAAUAGUUGUACCGCUGGCUAUAGUUUGUUAUUUGCAUGUUUUUUUUUGUAGGAAUCAUAUAAUAUAUUUUUGUUUAAAUAUGUACACAAUACAAUCACAGUAUGUACAUGUAAUAUUUGGAAGUCCAUGGCUUCAUGCUUACUUGGGUGCACAGCACCAUAUCAUUAUUACACGGUUUUGUUUAUUAA